AUGGCGCAUCAAGCGACCGACAACGACUCGGAGUCCUGGAAUCCGGCAAUACGGCCUGAGAAUAACAAUGCUCCUGCUACAAUGACAUCGACCGAGGGCGGGUUGUCGGAUUUGAUUGCGGCGGACGAGCCGAAGGGCAAGUCCUUAGGGGAUGUUAUGUCGCCACAAAGCGAAGAUCUCUCUGCCUGGGAUUUGUCCAAUGAGGCCGAUGUGAAUCAGCCUCGACACACGAGCCUGGAUGUGGCAGUGGACAAUGGAUCACCAGUGGUAGACCGGGGCACGUCCUUGACCACCGACUCCGUGGAUAAGAACAGCCAAGUUUCCAUUGAAAUGCCUGAACCAGUUCCUACCCAUACGGUGCCCUCCCUAGAUACCGCGGAUGCUGCCCCAAGCCCGACCUUGCCAGAUAUUCCAGCUGCGCAGGCCGAGGCAGUCCAGAACGAAGCGCCUUCGAUCGAACCUGGAGAUGAUUCUAGUAACAUUCCCAUAACCGAAGACCAACCACCCUCUAUUAAAACAGAACCCGCUGAUACUACGCCUCUCAAAGUCGUGCCUGAGUACGAAACCGUCCCGGACCCGACAGUCACGGGCGAGAGUGCAUCACCGGAGGAGGAGCAAACAAGGGCACCAGAAACUGCGUUGAAUGCGUUCGAGCAUGAAUAUACUACCGAACCCAUCCCCACCGAAGAACUUUACCAACAAACCAACAAGAAAACCGUCGAUCAUGAGGACGCCUGGACCAGUUUUGAGAAGGAUCUUGGCAAUACGUUGCCCUCCACCGGAGAUAUUACUGCUCCUAGCACAAACGGGCUUUCUAUGUCGGCAUUGGACUCGAUUCCGGAUGAAUCCCAGCAUAAUAAUGGGCCGACUCUUGUCGAGGGGCCGCCGGAAGAAACAACAAUUGCGGGUACUCCAUGGGACGAGGCAGAAAAGGUUGCUCCGACGGAGAAUGAGCAGCUUGAUUCCAGUACUCGCUCAGUAACAACUAACCACGAGAAUGAUGAGCCAACCCCAAUAACAGCGACAUCUGGUCUGCUCAAUGACGUCCAGUCAGAUACGGCCACAGCGGACGCGGGUACAACCUCUCGGGAUCAGACGCAAUGGGCAAGCAAGGCGAGAGCUGAAGUGGAUUCCGAUGAAGAUGACUUCUUCAGCCAACUCAACACCCAGACAAAGCCUAUCUUCGCGCCACCAGAAGCCGAAUCCAGAUUUGAAGAAGGUGUUCCGCUGUUGGAGGAGUCUGCACCAACUUCACCUCAACGUCCACUGGUAGAGGAGAGAUCCAUUGGCGAGGUGUUUGCCGACAAUGACGACGACGAUGCAGCAAGCUUUUUCAACUCUGCUCCAAAACCAGAGGCUGGAUAUGAAGGUGGUGAUUUCUUUGGCUCCUCGCCGAAGGAUGAGACUCUGGAGGAUCCAGUCGUCCAUCUCACCCGAAAGAGCACAGCUCAGGCUUUGGAAUCGGCUGGAUUUGCUCUUGACUCUCCAGCCAGCGACGCCUCGGCUGCAGCGCAGUUUGAAGAAGCCCUGAAUGCUGCGUCGACGGAACCCAAAGCAACGGCUGAGCCUUCAGAAGAAGAGCUGGCUGCACGGUGGGAAGCAGAACUGGGUGAUUUGCCAGAAGACGACCUGGCGGCUCGUUGGGAGGCGGCAUUGGAUGACGAUGAUUUAUUGCUGGAGACCGAAGUCACGCAGCCCGUGUCUGCACCCGAGACCAUCUACCAAACGCCUGUCCAGCCUACCCAAAGCAGUUUGACUGCUGGCCUGAAUAGUCCAUUUCAAACUCCUGAGGCCUAUUCUGGACCAAAACCCAUUCCUAAUAUAUACGCACCUCACCAACCGACAACAAACGACCUCUUGCAGGGGGUUCCCUUGCCAGGUAUGGCACCGCCAAGCACCGCAGCCAUAUCAUCAUACUUCUCACAACAACCGCAGAACCCCGUGACAACUAGAGGAGAGAGCUUUGCCGAGCGCUCGAAACAGGUAUGCCUCCACCCCCUCGCCCAGCGGUUUCUGGCGCAUCGAUUCCUGCGGCAGCUGGUUCCCCCCCCUGCGGGAGUUCCUCCCCCAGCUACCGCUCCUCCCGCGCCGAAGAACUUUUACGAGGAACUUCCUCUGGCGCCACCUAGAUCAAGGCCUGCCAGCUCAGGGCGGUAUACUCCUAAUGCGCAGACAGUGCCGGCAAUGACUGGUUCGUCCCUCCCAGCUCCGCCUUUGGGUCAAUACGCACCACCUGCACCACCACCAGCCUCGCAGCCUGUUGGACUUCCUAUCCAGCCCACACUCCAGCCGCCUAAAACGAUAGAUCCGUAUGCUAGCCUAGCUUCGAGUGCGCCUGCCGGACCUCCUGCGGUUGCGAGGUAUUCUCCGCAGCCUCCCAGCUUGCAACCAUCGGCUAAGCCACCUUCAUUGCCGAGAUAUUCCCCUGCCCCCCCUCCUAUCCCAGCGGCUCGCAGUCGUUACGCGUCACAACCUUUGAAUGUUCCCGGCCAGAACCUACCUUUCCAGCCACGGACUUCGAGUCCACUUGCACACCACGAGAAGGUUUCCUAUCAGCCCGAUCAAUCACAAAAUCCACCAUCGCUCGAGCCUGCGAUCGAUCUAUCUCCGCCACAUGUUCAAGAAGCUAGCUUUGGGCAGGCUCAGCCCAAUGUGCCGCAGCAUCUCAAUGGCCCUGCUAGCCAAGCACGAAGGGAAAGUACUGGCUCGCCUGCGCAGGCAUCUCCGCCUCAAAGUCGGUAUGCUCCUCCGGAAUACAUCAAUGAAUUCGCCCAGCGUCUUGCACCGGCUUCGCAAUACGCUGCCCCUCAUCCGGCAACCAAUGGGCAUGUUUCUCCCCCACCAAACGAUGUUCAGAUAGCUCCUCUCCGCAGGUCUCAGACACAGUCACCUGGUCGGGACAUGCUGAGCCCACUUUCAUCUGGACCAAGCAUUGACACCCUUCGGCCGGCUUCAGUUAAUACUUCAGGCUCACCGAUCAAAACAGUGAAUCCGUAUGCGCCUAUGCAGGGUGCUGCUCAAACUCGUGCUCCGACCCAGCAUUUAGAAUUCAUCGCGCCCAAUGAUGGACAGGAGCAAGACCACUUGGAGCGGUGGAAGGGUGCACCGAUCUUCAAGUUCGGGUUUGGUGGCUCAGUGGUGUCUUGCUUCCCUGGCCACGUUCCUCGCUACUCUGCUGGUCAAUUGGCCCCGAUGAUCCAACCCACUCCUGGUGAACCAAAGAUUUCUCUGCUGAGUGAAUCCUUGCCGUCGGUUGAUACCGUUGUCCAGCAUCCUGGGCCUCUUAAGUCAAAAUCAAAGAAAAAGGACCUGAUUGCUUGGCUCACCAGCAAGAUCGCAGCCUUCGAAAAUUCUAGUCUUCCCAGCUACGAGCAAGUUCAAUCUGACACGCACAAACGCUACGAGGAGAAGAUCCUUCUAUGGAAGGUUGUCAAGCUUCUGGUAGAGAAUGACGGUAGUUUGGACAGCUCCCCUGAGGUUCAAAAGUCUCUCCGCCAUGCGAUUUUCCCCAAUAUUCCAGCUCCAGACGCAGACGGGUCAUACGCUAGUACGUUGGCCACUCCAGGAGGAUCCACCUCUUCGGGAAUGCCAACGCAAGCUGAUGCUGUCGAUCCCCAAUGGCUGGAGGAACUUCGUCUACACUUGAUUUGUGGUGAUCGCGAGAAAGCCGUCUGGGGUGCUGUCGAUCGACGCCUCUGGGGACACGCGAUGCUCAUCGCGUCUACCAUGGACAAAUCUAUCUCGAAACAAGUCACGCAGGAGUUUGUUCGCCGGGAGAUCAGGUCCAAAGCUUCGAAUACGGAGUCACUUGCAGCCCUCUAUGAGAUAUUCGCUGGCAAUAUUGAAGAAAGUAUCGACGAACUUGUGCCUCCGUCUGCGCGUGCAGGCCUUCAACUCGUCAACAAGGCUGAUGGCCAGGGAUUUGUUAAGAACGCACUCGAGGGCUUGGAUAAAUGGAAGGAUACUUUGGGGCUGGUAUUGAGCAACCGAAGUUCUGAGGAUCAUCAGGCCCUUCUUGCUCUUGGUCGCCUGCUUACAUCUUAUGGACGGACAGAAGCGGCUCAUGUCUGCUACAUGUUCUCGCGUGCUGCCGUCUUUGGUGGCGCCGAUGACCCCCAGGCCGACAUCACUGUCCUUGGUGCUGACCAUUUGCGUUGUCCUUCAUCCCUGCUUGAUGAAGAUGGCAUCUUGUUGACUGAGGCUUACGAAUAUGCGACAUCUGUUCUUGGGAACUCCCCGACGGGCCAUCUGCCACAUCUGUUGGCAUUCAAGAUCUUUAAUGCCAGAUGUCUUGUCGACCGUGGUCGUAAUUCAGAGGCGCAAGCCUACUGCGAUGCAGUGGCAGCGGCGUUGAAGGCAACCACCCGUCCUUCUCCGUACUAUCACCAACAUCUGUUUGCUGAAGUUGAGGAGUUAUCCGCGCGUCUGCGCCAGACAACCAGCGACAAUGGCUCUUGGAUCUCGCGACCGAGCAUGGAGAAGGUCUCGGGUUCGAUGUGGGCUCGUUUCAAUAGCUUCGUGGUAGGUGACGAUGGUGACGCUGCAUCCACUGGAUCUGGCAAAGGUGGUGAGCAAGCGGACUUUGGUCCUUUCGCAAACGUGGCUGGGACCCCGACAAUCAGCCGAUCGCCCUCUGUCUCCGAUAUGUACGGUUCUUAUCCCGGAGCCGGAGCGCAGCCUAUCCCUGUCAGCGGCCCAUCGAAGUAUCAGCCAUCGAGCCAAUAUGCGCCCAAUGCGUCACCUGAGCAGUACAAGGGUCGAUCUUCGAUGGAUUCUCAAAGAUCUGUUUCCUAUUUCCCGCCCAUUGGACAACGCCGCAGCUCACAAGAGAUGUCGCCUUCAAUUGAUCACCAAAUGUCUUACGGAGCUUCCAUGUAUGGGUCGCCAAAUGCAUCUGGGUAUCAACCGACUCCGCCCCAGUCAUCAUCUUACGUUCCUCUUGCUCCGGUAGAAGAGGCUCUGUCACCCAGCGAGGCUGUUUCGGCCGCACCUCCUGCGGUCAAUGGCCUCUUCUACCAGCCCCCAGGGCAGCCUACUGCCGCGGCCUCCUGGCAUGCCAGUCGGUGCGUCGGGCCCCGAGUCAUCCUCCGCACCCCCGCUGUGACCUCGUCUUACGAGCCAGUUGGGUUUGGUGCAAACACAGACUAUGCUCCCCAAGAGGAGCAGGAUCUAUCUCCUGCAGAAGAGCAGCCAAAGAAGAAGUCAAUCAUGGAUGACGACGAUGAUGAUCUUGCAGCCCGGGCGGCAGCUCUUCAGAAGGCCGAAAAUGACCGCAAAGCCAACGAAGCUUUCGCCAAGGCAGCUGAAGAAGAUGCUAAGAGAGGACCUUCACAAUCUGGCAAGAAAGGCUGGUUUGGUGGUUGGUUCGGCGGAGGCAAGAAGGAGGAAAACAACUCCGGUGGUGGCCCUAUCAGGGCCAAACUUGGCGAAGAGAGCUCGUUCUACUAUGAUAAAGACUUGAAGAAAUGGGUCAACAAGAAAGACCCUAAUAGUAGCGCGCCGGUUCGUGCCACUCCGCCACCUCCUCGCAUAUCCGCGCCCCCAAGUCGAAACGUGAGCUCAAGCAGCAUGCCACCAAAUGGCGGACCUCCAAUCUCCCCAAUGCCCUCUGGUAGCCGACCUCAAUCUUCCGCAAGCGCUGCUUCGCCCCAAUUGUCCUCCAGCCCAGGUAUCUCUGGUCUCGCGCCUCCGUCACUUCCUCGGUCUGUCUCUACGGGAGCGGCUAUGCCUACGCCUCCUGGUAGUUCCAGCGGUCCGCCCCCACGGCCGUCUUCAUCUCUCACCCAUGCCAGCUCAAUUGACGAUCUGAUCGGUGCACCCCAGGCGCGCAAGGGGAACACGGCCCGUGGCAAGAAGAAGGGCCGUUACGUCGACGUGAUGGCCCAAUAG